UCUGCCGCGUCCUCAAACUUCUGCUGUAGGGACCCGGGAAAGGAGCAUGAACGGCGGCGGAGGACGAGGACGAGGAGCAGGGCGCAGUCCUCGGUGCCGGGGCCAGCCUUUCCCCGCGAUCUGCCAUGAAGCCCCGGGUGGAGCCCCUUCAGAAGCCGAGUGAUUGGCACAAAGCUAAUUGCAUGUGUAAAGCGUGGCGAGGAAAAUCAGAAGACGGCUAAAGCCCAGCCAUGUCUCCAGAGCGGCAUACAAUUUCAGUUCUUCAUGGGAGCUACAAGACACUGGUAUGCCUCUUAAUUUUCACCAUGCAUGUAUGCUGUGGCAGUGCCUCUGGGAUGUGUCCUCCAGCUUGCAUCUGUGCCAGUGAUAUUGUAAGCUGCACCAGCAAGAAUCUCUCAAGGGUGCCGCCAACCCUCUUCAAGCACAUAAAAAGACUGGACCUCAGCCAUAACCACAUUGGGAUUUUGGAUCACGACUGGAUGCCUGUCCUGUUGGAGAAGCUGAACACCUUGAUUGUUAGUCAUAACAGUAUUUCUAGCAUUUCCACAGGAAGCUUUUCAAUGACGCCAGAUGUCAAAUACCUAGACUUGUCGUCCAACAGCUUGAGGUCUUUAGGUAGCCCCGUCUUUCAGGAGCUGAGAGCGCUUGAAGUUCUGCUGCUUUAUAACAACCAUAUUGCACAGAUUGAUUCUGCCGCUUUUGGAGGGAUCCACAAAUUGCAGAAACUGUAUUUGAGCUACAAUUCUCUUACGCACUUCCCAAUAGAUUUGUACAUUGGGAAGUUCAAACUCUCCGAACUUGUGCUUUUAGAUGUUGCUUACAAUCGAAUCCACUCAAUCCCCAUUAACUACAUGAGCUUAGUGCCAGCCAGCCAUCUGAGUGGAAUUUAUCUUCAUGGGAAUCCAUUUUAUUGUGACUGCACUCUUUACUCCAUGCUGAGCUUUUGGCACCUCCGGCACUUCAGCUCAGUGGACGAUUUCAAGACUGAGUACACGUGCAUUUUGCGGUCAGACCCCAGAGGCUCCAGUAAACUGCCUUUAUUGCAUGAUAACUAUUUGAAUUGCUCAGAAAGCACCAUCAAUGGUUCUUUCCAUGCAUUUGGGUUUAUUCAUGAAGCCCAAGUGGGGGAGAGGCUGAUUGUGCCCUGCGACACAAAAAUCAGUGAUGCAGGCACCCACUUCAUUUGGAUCAGCCCAGACAAUGAGCUCCUGGAGCCUGGCAAGGCCACGGACCACUUCAGAGUGUUUCACAAUGGGAGUCUGGAAAUAGAUGAGGCUCAGUAUGAGGAUGCUGGCAUUUAUUCCUGUGUUGCAAUAAAUAAGAGGAGACUGUUGAAUGAAACAAUUGAGGUGAGGAUAAAUGUAAGCAAUUUCACUGUGGACCGGUCUCACUCAUAUGAGACAUUCAACACUGCUUUCACUACCCUCGCGGCUUGCGUAGCCAGUAUUAUUUUGGUACUGCUUUACCUCUACCUGACACCAUGCCCUUGCCGAUGCAAGUCAAAGAGAAGGAAAAGGCAGCUGAACCAAAGUAACAUGCCCCAUGCAUCCAUAUUAACCUCCAGUUCACCCCUUGAACUUCCAGCUGAUGAAAAAAAGGCCAGCAGUGGCAAGCGGGUUGUGUUUCUUGAACCUGUGAAGGAGCCAAAACUAGGACAGAAUGGGAAAGUCAGAAUGUUUCCCAAUGAGAACAUCAUUGCAGAAAGUAUUUUGAAAAGUCCACGAACAAAAUCGGACUCAGAUUCUGUGAACUCGGUCUUCUCAGACACGCCUUUCGUGCCGUCCUCGUAGUCUGUGGCCUGUUUUCUCGUUGUUUGGUUUAACUUAGCAGCUACCCUGCCUUUAGCGAAUAUUAGAAAGAAACUGUGUGUAGAGGAAGGAGAGAAUGGGAAAUAUUCAAAUUAAAAAACGGGGUGUGAGAAAUUUUCAGAGAAGUUACUGUAAUUAAACUCAGGUGUAUUUUUCUCUGAGUAAUGGAUGAGAACAUGCAAAUGUGUAGUAAGUGUGACAUUAAUACUGAGGAGGGGAGCCCUUUGCUAUGUGGCAUGUAGCUGUCUCUUACAGGUAUAUGCUGCUUUCAUUUUAAUCUUUCUUGCUUAAGGUUAUGGGAAUGCGUUAUGAGAGGACACGUUCACGUUUUCCUCCCAUACUUGACAAUGGAGGAGAACCUUUUAUCAAAUUAGACCUCUAGCUGUUUGCCUGUCUGGAAUUAGAGCUUGGGAAAUAACACUUUGUGGAUAUCCAACUUCCAGAAUCCCCUAGCCAGCCAGGCUACCGGCGAGCUGCAUUAAAAAAAAUCUUUUCCAAUCUCUUUCUAAAAGUGAAGUAAUUAUUAUAUCAGGGACCAAAACCUUAAUCAAUAUGCUCCUAGGUUUUGGAGUGAAAGAAAGAAAUAGCCAUUUAUUCAGCUUCUAGUUUCUGCCUGGAGGCACUGAGCACAUAAAAGAAACAGAUGAAGUUGAACAAGCCACACUAUUCCAAAAUGAGUUUUUACAUAAAUUAUGAAAUAGAGUUUGAAUGGUUUCCCCCCCCCCCUUUUGUAUACCGGAAUUUUAAUAGCCAGAAAAAGAAUGUAUGAUUACUUGGUAUAUGAACACUUUUACUAACCUUGGCACAAAACUUUAUGAUCUGUAAACCACUUAAGCCUCAAAGGCUUUUAUUCCAAGAGGGACAGCGUACAUUGCUCCUGUUAAGAAAUCCAGAGUAGAUUGAUGUCAGCAGAAAUGGUUCUCCCACCCGUGCACAGUACUGGGAAAAGCUGUACCUUUGGAAUCUCUGCCUUCUUAAUCCUUCUUAAAGGGACAAUAGCCAUGUUGCUUCUGGAGUAUGGCCACUUCAGCCUAUCUGUUUGUACUGAAAUUUGUGCAUGCGAUCUGUGGCUUGAGCAGAAGACACUGUAAAACAAAACAGAGAAUAGUUUUAUAAAGCAGCCAAUUUUUUUGCAGUCAGAUGAUCUGCUUAAAAGCUACUGCACUUUGAACAUUUUUCCUAACCUAAUGAGAGCCAUAGUUGAAACCAUCAAGCCCAAAUUGACUAACCCUAAUGCAACCCGGGUUUCUGAUCGUCAGCAACAAUAUGGUUUACAUGGCUGGACUUUGCCUGCUGUGGCUGACAGUGGAAGCUGGUUGCCGGUAGUUUGUUGAAUUGCAGCCUUAUCUAAAAGAUUUGAAAUGGUUCAGCUCCUUUUUCAUUAUUUAGGGCAAUGAUACAGAGUCAUGAAAAAGAGAAGAUGAUUUAAUGAAAUGCACUUUUUGUAAUUUGGUGUCAAGAGUGUCAAUGAAAUACUCAUCUCUAGACAGAUCCGUUUCAGCACUGUACAUCUUCGGCACACGGUUUACAUUACAAAACGCGGUUGCAAAUGAAAAAAAAAUGCUAUGCUAUUCCCUGGAAACAAAGCUCCCAGUGUGUUGAGCAUUGCUUGUACUAUUCACGCUCAGAUUAAACAGGUAUGAGUCUGCUGCAAAAGCACACAGACUGACCUGUGUUGCCAUGGCUUCAGAAAUAUCCUGUACUUAGAUAAGGCAGAGAAGCUGGGCUGCUGCUGCUGUUUCUCAGCUGCAGUCUUCUCAUGGAAGUUGGUGUUGAAUAUUAAUUGUACGGAGAAGAGACAGGGAAAGGAGCAGCCACCUCCAUGUCUUUGGCCAACAAAUCCCAUCAGUCCUAGUCACUGUAGCCACCGAUGCCACAACUAAUGAGAGUUGUAUUCCAACAGUUAGAAGGAUCACAUCUUCCCCACCCUUGACAUCUAGUUCACUGUGGUGAGUGAAAUGCUUGCAGAUUUCUUCUCCAUCUUGCCACUUUCCUCCCCUCUGCCAUGGGCCAGUUUUAUGCCAUACAUUCUGGCUACAUCUGACAACUGUAGCUACAGCUGGCCAGAAAAGGAGAAAAAUAUUUUUCAGAUAACAACUCCCGGCAUCAAGCUGAAAUGUUGUUGUCAGAAAAAAAUAACUUUUCCUAUGACGUAAGCCAGCGUAGUUUCACCACUACGGGACUCCUCCUUGGCCCUGGUGUUUAGGGUCGGUGCCAUUGCAAUAGCCGUGUCUCACUCGUUGUCAGAGGUCAUUGUUUGAUCCAAGCCCUUGAAGCACUUGCUUGCUAGUAUAAUUGUUUGUGAGCUCAAGGGCAUUCAGUCCACUAUAGGAUUGUUGUAAUUAAAAUGUCAUCUCCCUGUAGUCAAUUGAGGCAGCUUCCUUUCCUGCAAAUGACAGCAGUUUCCCUUACAGAGGUCUGACCCUAGUGAAUGAGAUUAAGAACUACUUGUGCAGUAGAACAGCCUUGCAAUUCUGUGGUACACACACAUAUAUAGUUUUAACAUCUCUGUUCCUUGAAAAUUCAUGUGAUCAUAUAAUUCUUGAUUA